AUGUACGAGGGCAUCAAGCAAGCAACAGGAAAACCGGUGAAGAAGAGCACGCCCCUGAAAUCCAAGACAGGAGAGACCAUCACAGCCAAGGACAAGCAGCUUGCGAGAUGGGUUGAACACUACCUCGACCUGUACUUCAGAGAAAAUUCUGUCUCCCAGGAAGCACUUGACGCAAUCGAGGACCUGCCUGUUCUAAAGGAGUUGGAUGCAGUGCCCACCCUGGAGGAACUCAACAAAGCCAUCAAAGCCUUAUCAUGUGGCAAAGCUCCAGGUGAAGAUGGAAUACCUCCUGAAAUCAUCAAGUGUGGAAAGCCAGCCUUGCUCGAGCCACUUUACGAACUCCUGUGUCAGUGUUGGAGAGAAGGUAAGGGCCCCCAGGACAUGCGUGAUGCCAAGAUCGUCACGCUGUAUAACAACAAGGGUGACCGAAGCGAUUGUAAUAAUUACCGUGGCAUCUCUCUUCUGAGCACCAUGGGUAAAGUCUUUGCACGCGAGGUCCUUGCUCGCCUGCAGGUCCUCGCCGGCCGCAUUUAUCCAGAGUCCCAGUGUGGGUUCAGGACAGAGAGAUCCACUGUGGACAUGAUUUUCUCAGUGCGUCAGCUCCAGGAGAAAUGUCGAGAGCAACGAAUGCCACUUUACACUGCCUUCAUAGACCUUACCAAGGCGUUUGACCUUGUAAGUAGAAGAGGCCUGUUCCAGCUGUUGAAGAAGAUCGGCUGCCCCCCACAGUUGCUCAGUAUCACCGCCUCCUUCCACGACGAUAUGAAGGGCACUGUCAACUUCGAUGGCGCAUCAUCUGAACCCUUCACCAUCAAGAGCGACGUAAAACAAGGCUGUGUCCUUGGGCCAACAUUGUUCGGCAUCUUCUUCUCGCUGCUGCUGAACUUCGCCUUCAAGGACUCGGAAGAAGGUGUUCACCUGCACACCAGAAGCGACGGGAAGCUGUUUAACAUGUCCCGCCUGAAGGCCAAGACCCCAGGGUCCACACAGUGCUCAUCAGGGAGAUGCUGUUCGCAGAUGAUGCCGCUCUGA